GUUAAAAUAAAGUGAAAAGUAAAAUAAAAAAAAAAAAUACAAAAUUAUAUUUGCCAUAUAUACAUAGCGUUUAAAUAGUAAGUAAAUCAGAAUCAGUAAAUGAAAUCAAUUUAAUAGAAAACCUAUGAACACGCACUCAACUCAGUAAAUAAAAUAAAUUUCAUACAAAUCCAACUAAAACGCACACACACUCUCACACACACAGACACCGUCGUGCUGACCGCAACAAAUAAAAUAUUUACAGCAAGGAAAAUUAAGUAAAUUUAUGCAAAAUACAAAAUAGAAAAUGUUAAAUUUCCACAACUCGGUUAAUAAAACAAUACAGCAAAACAAUAACAAAAGCCACAAAAUGCAUCUGCAAAGUGCAAAAACACUAGCCCCAAACUCUGGAUGGAUGCAAGUCUUCCUACUACUGACACUCUUCGUGAUUGGUAAUCAAAGUGCCUGGCAGGAGAAUAUACGACCAAAACUAUAUGUGGAAUUAGGUCCAGAAGAUAUACUGAAAUUUCUGGGCAACGAGAGCGUCGUGGAUCACUUCAAGCUCGUCACCAAGGACGGCAACAGCCUGCUCAUCGGUGCCAGAAAUACCGUAUUUAAUUUAAGCAUACAUGAUCUCACGGAACAGCAAAGUCUCGUGUGGUCGUCGCCGGAGGAAGAUACCAAAAUGUGUCUCAUGAAGGGCAAAGAUGAGUAUAAUCAAACAAAUUCUCUCCUUCUGCUUUUUCCAGACAACGAAUUAUACUCAGGCACUGUGGCAGAUUUCAGCGGCAGUGAUCCGAUUAUCUAUCGUGAGCCUCUCCAAACGGAACAAUAUGAUAGCCUCAGUCUCAAUGCGCCAAAUUUUGUGAGCUCAUUUACCCAGGGGGAUUUCGUCUACUUCUUCUUUCGGGAAACGGCUGUGGAAUUCAUCAACUGUGGCAAGGCGAUUUAUUCGCGCGUCGCACGCGUCUGCAAAUGGGAUAAGGGCGGCCCGCAUCGCUUUCGCAAUCGCUGGACCUCGUUCCUCAAGUCCCGCCUGAACUGCUCCAUACCGGGCGACUAUCCGUUCUACUUUAAUGAGAUACAAUCGGCUAGCAAUCUCGUCGAGGGACAGUACGGCUCCAUGAGCUCCAAAUUGAUUUAUGGCGUUUUUAAUACGCCAACAAAUUCAAUUCCCGGCUCAGCGGUUUGUGCUUUUGCCUUGCAGGACAUUGCCGACACGUUCGAGGGACAGUUCAAGGAGCAGAGCGGCAUCAACUCCAACUGGCUGCCAGUAAAUAAUGCCAAGGUGCCCGAACCGCGUCCUGGCGCCUGUCACAAUGAUUCACGAACGCUUCCGGAUCCCACAUUAAAUUUCAUCAAAACACAUUCGCUAAUGGACGAGAAUGUUCCGGCAUUUUUCGGUCAACCGAUUUUAGUGCGGACGAGCACAAUUUAUCGCUUCACACAAAUCGCAGUCGACGCACAGAUCAAAACGCCCGGCGGCAAGACGUAUGAUGUGAUUUUCGUUGGCACAGACCAUGGAAAAAUUAUAAAGUCCGUGAAUGCCGAAUCAGCUGACUCGGCCGAAAAGGUGACAUCGGUGGUCAUUGAGGAGAUCGAUGUGCUGCCCAAGAGUGAGCCCAUACGCAAUUUGGAAAUUGUGCGAACUAUGCAAUACGAUCAACCGAAAGAUGGCAGCUACGACGAUGGCAAAUUAAUCAUUGUCACGGAUAGUCAGGUGAUAGCCAUACAACUGCAUCGAUGUCACAAUGACAAAAUCACCAGCUGCAGUGAAUGCGUCGCAUUGCAGGAUCCGUAUUGUGCCUGGGACAAAAUUGCUGGCAAGUGUCGCUCCCAUGGUGCGCCGCGUUGGCUGGAGGAGAACUAUUUCUAUCAGAAUGUGGCGACCGGUCAGCAUGCAGCCUGUCCCUCAGGCAAAAUCAAUUCAAAGGAUGCCAACGUGGGUGAGCAGAAGGGCUUCCGCAAUGACAUGGAUUUACUGGAUUCGCGUCGCCAGAGCAAGGAUCAGGAAAUCAUAGACAAUAUUGAUAAGAAUUUUGAAGGCCCACAAAUUUCUGCAGAUAUUAUCAAUGCACAGUAUACGGUAGAGACUCUGGUUAUGGCCGUGUUGGCCGGCUCGAUAUUCUCGCUGCUGGUUGGCUUCUUUACGGGCUACUUCUGUGGCCGUCGCUGCCACAAGGAUGAGGAUGACAAUCUGCCGUAUCCAGAUACGGAAUACGAAUACUUCGAGCAACGUCAAAAUGUGAACAGUUUCCCGUCGUCGUGCCGCAUACAGCAGGAGCCGAAGCUGCUGCCACAGGUGGAGGAGGUGACGUAUGCGGAGCCGGUGCUACUACCGCAGCCACCACCGCAGAACAAGAUGCACUCGCCAAAGAAUACCCUGCGCAAGCCACCCAUGCACCAGAUGCACCAGGGCCCCAACUCGGAGACACUCUUCCAGUUCCAACCAGACGGCUAUAAUACCCAGCAGACAUAUCGCGGACGGGACAACUUUGGUACACUGCGUUCGCAUCAGGUGAUGGGCGACAACUAUAGACGCGGCGAUGGCUUUUCGACCACGCGCAGCGUCAAGAAGGCUGUAAGCAACACAAACACACGAAACAGAAGUCUUGGUCGCGCAAGAAGACAGCCGCCCCGUCAUGGUAUUGUAACUCAGCACCGUUCAAAUAGCCCGCAGCAGCAGCAGCAACAACAACAGCAGCCGCACUCCAGCUCCGGCUCAUCGCCCGUAAUGUCGAACAGCAGUUCCAGUCCAGCUCCCCCAUCGAGCAGUCCCAGUCCGCAGGAGAGCCCCAAGAACUGCAGCUACAUUUACCGUGAUUGAUUGAUAUGUAACACCAAAUCGAUGCCACUCAUCCAGGCGUUGCCCACGCCCACGCCUACGCCCACACCAACGCCAACGCCCACACAACCAAUGCACCAUCAACAACAACAAGAGCAUCAUCCGCAGCAGCAGCAGCAACAACAACAACAUCAGCUGGCCAGCAGCAAACAGUUAGCCAAGUCUAUGCCAGUCACGCCCAUACAGCCGCAAUCGCCCACAGAUCCAACGGCCGCCCAUUUCAUGCUGAUGCCCCGUUCGCCCUCAUACGAGCUGUACGAGCCGCGCCCCGCACGUUUUCGGCAUGCCCACUCGGAUGCGACAUUCCAUAUGCCACCCUAUGAUGGCGAUGAUGGCGACGACGACGACGAGGACGAGGAUGACUUGGAUGACGGCGAUGUGGACACCUCAUCGCUGGCCAUGAUUACGCCGCCGCCGCCCUAUGACACGCCKCAGCUAGCGCUAGCUACCGCCUCUGCACCACCAUUGCCACCGCCGCGCCGAUUCCGUUUUGGGAAUCGCGAGCUGUUCAGCAUGAGCCCAGGCACGCCCAAGUCCAAUGCCAUUACGCCCACAAAGCUCAGUGCCGCUGCGGCGGCCAUGUUUGCGACGCCGCAGAUGGCGCAGCUGAACCGCAAGUGGGCCCAUCUGCAGCGCAAGCGUCGACGGCGCAACAGCAGCAACGGCGAUUCUAAGGAACUGGAUAAGCUCGUUCUGCAGUCCGUCGACUGGGAUGAGAAUGAGAUGUAUUAGCGGCAAAAGCGUCAAUCGAUUAAAAUGCCCAACUCCAAACUAAACUUGUAGCAAUCUUAGCAUAUACAAAUAUAGAUAUAUA